UCAUCAGCCCCCCUUCUCCUGUCUGCAUACCUUCCUCACCUGAUCCUUACUCAAUACGCUGCCUCUCCUCUUCCUCUCUCUACCUGUCCGUCCUCUCGGCUUCACUAAUUCCUCUGUCGCCUUCUGUAGCCCCCUAUACUUUCUUCCCUCUCUCCUGCCCCCAUUGUUUUCCCACUGCCCAAUGUCCUGUGUCCCCCCUACUCCAUUAUUCUGCCGCCAUCCCCUUUCUUCCGGAACCCUUCUACUUUCUCUGUGUAUCUGACUGUGGCCUCGUACUCCCUCACUCAUGUUUCUUCCCCCUUAAUUUCAGUGGAAUGGUUCCCCAUGAUCCCCCGCCACCUCGGCUGAGAUUUGAGGGGAAGAUCUGUCCCCUCUCCUGAAGCUGGAGGAACUCACCCUGCCAGGGUGUCGGGGUAUACGGCAGUGUAUAAUACAGACUCCGUGCGGUUCCAUCUCCCAUCGCCAGAAAUGGUGGAGAAAGAGGGAAUGAGCAAAGGCUGCCAUUGGACCUCGCAGAGGAUUCUGGGAGUGACGCUCUGUGUUAUCAUUUCAUUGGCUGGAAUUGGGGUCAUAGCUUGGGCUGUAGUGACAUAUGUUUUGAAGAACGAAAACCAGAACCUAUACGUAGUCCAGGUAAACCUCCCGGACCACCGCCUGUCAGUGUAUGAUGAGAAGGAAAAGGUGUGGCGUCUGGUCUGCUCCUCCUUCUCUAACCCAGAGGUGGCGACGCUGAGCUGUGAAGAAAUGGGCUUCAUCAGGUCAGUGUCUCAUCAGGAGCUCCGGGUUGAAACAUCAGGGACCAAUGGUACAUCAGGGUAUUAUUGUGUGCGGGAGCCUCAGAUCAGCAGUGGCAAGAGGCUUGUAGACAUCCUAACAGUCUGUGAAUGCCCAAGUAGCAAGUUUCUCUCUGUGCAGUGUCAAGACUGUGGUCGUAGGAAAUUGGCCAUUGACAGAAUCGUAGGAGGACAAGAUGCCACCCUUGGUCGGUGGCCAUGGCAGGUCAGCCUGAGAUAUGAUGGUGCCCAUCUGUGCGGAGGAUCCUUGAUUUCCAGUGAGUGGGUGCUGACGGCUGCACACUGCUUCCCAGAGAGGAAUCGGCUAGUGAGCCAGUGGCGUGUAUUUGCGGGGGCAGUAUCCCAGCUCUCACCAAGAGGCAAACUGCAGGGAGUCAAAGGCAUCAUAUACCAUUCUGGCUACUUACCCUUCUUCAACCCAGAGAGUGAGGAGAACAGCAACGACAUUGCCCUGGUGCAUUUAGCCAGUCCCAUCACACUCACAGAAUACAUUCAGCCCGUGUGCCUUCCGGCUCUGGGGCAACAGAUUAUAGAUGGGAAGAUCUGCACAGUGACAGGGUGGGGCAAUUUGCAAUAUUAUGGCCAGCAAUCGGAGAUACUGCAGGAGGCGUCAGUUCCCAUAAUCAGCAGCUCCGUGUGCAACCAGCCCGAAUAUUACAUAAAUCAGAUUACAGGGAAGAUGUUCUGUGCGGGAUACGCAGAAGGAGGGAUCGACGCCUGUCAGGGGGACAGCGGGGGUCCGUUUGUGUGUGAGGACACUUUGUCGCGCUCUUCAAGGUGGCGUCUGUGUGGCAUAGUGAGCUGGGGCAUAGGAUGUGCAAUGCCAAACAAACCCGGGGUAUAUGCCAAGGUGGACCAGUACCAGUACUGGAUCUACAGGGCCAUGAAGACAAAAUCAGAUGUAGUUGGGAUCAUCGAGAUGCCAUAACUAGACAUGGAGACCCUCAGACUGUCAAGAUCCCACUCAUUUUCAGCCUGUGACCAGCGUCGGCCUUCAGCAGAACUUCAUCUUCCACACAAUGACAAGAUGAAGGCAUAAGAACUGCAAUUUGCAUCAUAACCUUCUUCUACAGAGCUACUCUCAUAGUCACAGGGAUGUCACACUGGAGCUACAAUUCAAGUUCAAUACCAAGUUACUUCUGGGAAAUAAGGGGCACUUUUAUUGCACCCCUGUGGCUGAACUAAGACUUUAAUUGUACUGUAUAUGCCUAUUCAUACUUGUGAAUUACGCUACUCCAAGUAUGUUCCUGGUUUGAGGGACUUCUACACCCUGACCAACGCUCAUCCAGAAAAUUCUAGAAUGAAAUCAGGGUUCAAGGUGCAGGAACACAACGGAUGAUGGUCCAUCGAUGUAAAACCUGCUUUCUAAGGAAAUAACUCAUAGUGCAUUCUGGGAAACCUCCAUAUCCUCCAAUUUGUUGCGGCUGAAGGAAAAAUAAAGGAAUAACAUGGCUUUUUUCAUGAACAUUCAAUGACGGAAAAAAAUAAUUGAUAUGACUUGAUUAAAGAUUGAGUAACUGAGCCCUUUACAGCAUGGAGUAGCACUCAACUAUCCUCAUACAGUAUAUACAUAUAGACAUGUUGUUGGAAAGUGACUUUGGGUUUAUGUGCCUUACCUUUGAUUUUAAUCACAUACAAGGGUAUUCAUGUGCGGUUCUUAUUGCAUUUAAUCAAACUGUCAGGUGCUACAUUAAUCCUUAAGGGAUACUGUCAUGGAAAAAGAAGAAUUCUGCACUGAAAUCCAUUUCUCAAAAGAGCAAACAGAUUUUUU